AUGAAGCUGAAGCUGAAAAGGAACAGUUUGUAUUUUUGUCUGGAGUUUGUAUUUGGGCAUUUGGCUCUAUUUCUCGUGGUCAGUAUUGACCAAUGGAGACAUUAUCUUUUCGAUGUGAGUCGAUUGACCCAAAUAUUGUUUGUAAUCCUAAAAGACUCUCUACUUUAUUACAUUUUCCUAAUAACCAUCAUAAUUUACAACGCACUGCUGCAGCUGAAGAAUCAUUUUAAUUCCGUGAGAACUUUUAUAACGAAUACCGUGGGUCUAGAAGACGAUACAGGUCAGUUCACACUAUAUAGACCGUUGGAAGGAACCAUCACCUUUCCGGCGACAGUAAUAAGCGACAAAACUCUGUUCGGUCUGGUUGAGGCUUCUAAGAUUCUAAGUAUCCUCUUCGAAUGCGUGGACAUCUUCAACCAACUCUUUGGACUUGUCAUAAUGUUCAUCAACAUGUCCACAGUUCUUACCAUAUUGACGUCUUUGAAUACGUUAUUGGUUUCAGGAGAAACCAACCAGUUGACUACAGAAGUUGUACUAGAUUGCAUCUUUGAGGCUCUAUUAUUCUUGGUGUGGAAUUCCUCCAUCUUGUCCGCUUCCGGUCUUCUAAAGGAAGAAUCUUCGGAGAUUGUGAAGAUUUGCUGCAAGUUGCAGCACCUGUUGCCACAGUCUUCGCAAGAAAGGAAGGAGUUGUUGAAUUUAGCUCAUCAAAUCAGGAGAAAGUCGGUAACAGUGUCGGCUUCGGGAUUUUUCGAUGUUGAUUUUAUUCUCAUCCUCGCUGUUUUCACGUAUGUUGGGAAUUAUAUUGUUGUGUUGAUUCAGUUCAGUCAUAUGGACUUUUAA